AUGCAGUCUUCAAGGGAGGUCAACUGUAGCCGUCUGAGAAAUUUCACGGUGAAAGAUCUGACGGUGGACAAGCUGUGUCUCAUCGAAGUUCCGGAUAACGCCAGUCUAGCAGACGCCUUAAACGCCAUGUGGUUGGGGGCUGGUGGAUCCAUGAUAGUGGAGUCGGACAAAGAGACCGGAACUGCAAAGAAACAGUACAUAGGAAUGGUGACGAUGCUUGAUGUUGUGGCUCACAUCGCCGGAGAGGAGGAAGAGAAAGGGCUUGAUAAGAAAAUGGCUGAUCCUGUCUCUUGUAUCAUUGGUCAUUGCCCUGAGGGUCGAAGCGUAUGGUCUCUCAACCCCAGUACCAGCAUAAUGGAUUGUAUGGAGAUUCUGAGCAAAGGAAUACACAGAGUAUUGGUUCCAUUGGACAGUAACGUAAAGAAGACCUCAGGGCCUGAGUUGGUAGAGUCAGCCUCUGCUUACACAAUGCUGACUCAGAUGGAUCUCGUCUCCUUCUUCCUCGACCAAUCUAUCCAUCUCCAAGCUAUUCUCUCCCGCACUGUCACUGAUCUCUCCGCUGUAAACGACAACGUUUUAGCCAUCACUAGCCAGGCCAGAGUAAAAGAUGCAGUUAAAUGCAUGAAUAUGGCAAUGCUAAAUGCCGUGCCUAUCGUUGAAGCCUCCAGCGAUGAAGAGGAUCAUACGCAGCUCGUGGACGGGAAAAAUCGGAGGGUGGUGGGGACUUUCUCGGCGAGUGAUCUCAAGGGAUGUCAUUUAGCCACGUUGCGUUCUUGGUUGCCGUUAAACGCUCUCGAAUUCGCCGAGAAAAUACCAAGAACCCCCUUGUUCGCGUCAGCACCAAAGAGGGAGCUCGUGACAUGUCACGUGACAUCCACCUUGGCCCAAGUGAUCCGUAUGGCCACCACGAAACGUGUACACAGAGUUUGGGUUGUGGACAAGAACGAUGGGCUGCAAGGCCUCGUUUCUCUUACUGACAUUAUCGCUGCGGUCCGAGCUGCCAUCUCUGCCUCCUAG